AAUGCUUUCGAGAAGCAAAACACAACAUCCCGCCCGUUAGUUCCUCCUCCCUCGCAAGAUUCAGCGACUCCAUAUGAGAGAUAAUCGGUAACAGUGCGUGAGAGAGUGAGGGAGCACAGGAAGAUAAAUUACUUGGCUAUGGAGAAGAUCUGCGUCGCAGUCCGAGUGAGACCUCCCGUAUCCUCAGAACCCUCCAAUGGAACAUACUGGAAAGUUGAAGACAAUCGCAUUUCUCUUCACAAGGUUCACGGCACUCCUAUCUCUGCCCUCUCUUACGCUUUCGAUCACGUAUUCGACGAAAGCUGCACGAAUGCUAGGGUUUAUGAGCUUCUUACAAAGGACAUCAUUCAUGCCGCAGUUGAAGGCUUUAAUGGAACUGCAUUUGCAUAUGGACAAACUAGCAGUGGCAAGACUUUCACCAUGAAUGGCUCUGAAACUGAUCCAGGGAUUAUUCACCGGGCAGUUAAAGAUAUAUUUGCAAAAAUCCAGAUGAUAUCUGACCGUGAAUUUCUGAUUCGGGUUUCCUAUAUGGAAAUUUAUAAUGAAGAAAUUAAUGAUCUUUUUGCCGUAGAGAACCAGAAAUUGCAAAUACAUGAGAGUUUGGAGCGUGGGAUAUUUGUUGCAGGUCUGAGGGAGGAAAUUGUUAGCAACGCCGAGCAAGUGUUGAAGCUCAUAGAUUCAGGAGAAGUUAAUAGGCACUUUGGUGAGACUAAUAUGAAUGUUCGUAGUAGUAGAUCCCACACAAUAUUCAGGAUGGUGAUUGAAAGCAAGGCGAAGGACACUGAUUCUUUCAGUGAUCAUUUGAGUACCGAUGCCAUUCGUGUUGCAGUCUUGAACUUGGUAGAUUUAGCUGGGUCCGAACGGAUUGCUAAAACUGGAGCUGGUGGGGUACGUCUAAAGGAAGGAAAGCACAUUAACAAAAGCUUAAUGGUUCUGGGUAAUGUGAUUAACAAACUAAGUGAUGGUGCAAAACAGAGGGGUCAUAUUCCUUAUCGUGAUAGUAAGCUGACCCGCAUACUUCAACCUGCUCUUGGUGGCAAUGCUAAAACUUCAAUAAUAUGCACAUUAGCACCUGAGGAGGUACACAUUGAGGAAACGAAGGGAACUCUCCAAUUUGCUAGCAGAGCCAAGCGCAUCACUAAUUGUGUUCAAGUGAAUGAAAUUUUGACAGAUGCAGCCUUAUUGAAGCGGCAAAAACUAGAGAUUGAAGAGCUUCGUAAGAAACUUCAGGGAUCUCAUGCUGAGGUGCUGGAGCAAGUGAUCUUAAAAUUGCGGAAUGAUUUGCUCAAGUAUGAAUUAGAGCGGGAGAAGCUUCACAUGGAAUUGGAAGAGGAGAGGAAAUCACACAGAGAACGUGAUCAAUGCAUUCAGGAGCAACAGAUGAAAAUUGUUGAUCUCAGCAAUCCUCUUACUUCAUCAGACUUUGACCCGAACUCUGGUCAGGGUCAGGAUUCUGAAAGACAAAGCCUCAAGGAAGAAUGCAAUGACAGCAAUAUCAUAUGCCAUGGAGAUGCUUUUAGAACCCCUUGCUUCAAGGCAGCUCCCAAAGCCUUUGUUGUCAAGCGAUCAGAUUACCCAAUGCUCCCUGAUUAUAGUCCCCUUCCAGAUACGUUUAGCAAUGUGGCUGAUGAAGACACAUGGCUGAAAAUGAAUAAAGGUUACAUAGCUGACCUUGAUUCACUUCAACUGACUCCUGCAAGAAAAGUUCAAUCAUUUCCUUCAAGUGAUGCUACCCCUACCUAUUCAUCCAAGAAUCAUAAACAAGAGGUUCAACAUCUCAAGAGACAAUUACUUAUUGCCACAGAAGAAAGAAAUGAACUGGAGAGAAAGCAUGCAGAGGAGAUACUUUUGAACCAUCAACUAAUGGAUGAAAUAUCUAAAAUUCAACAAGAAGCAAAACUUAUACAAGAGAUCCCCAAAAGGCUUGGUGAAUCUGUGGAAUGUUGCAAAGAUAUCUAUGAGGAUGUUUUGUCAAUAAUACAGAGUUUCGUAUCUGAUGAGGAAUCCUCAACUUCAAAAUUGGUAUCGAGCACAAGCGAAAUUGGUAUAAGCCUGUUUAAUACUUUGGAAACACAUUUCUCCAUGGCAAUGGAUGACCACAGUUCUUUCACUGGGAACAAUUCUCUAAUUCAAGAACAACGCAAAGUGCUUUACGAGAAGUUGAACAGCACAAUUACAUCCCUGGUAUUGUCGCAGACAGCUACAGUUGAGGAUGAACAAUCGAGGGCUAAACGGUGUAACUGUGAAAAUAAGGGAUGUACGCAGGAUGGAGAAACUGCUUGUUGGGAGGAAGAGCUGAACACUAUCAAGGAAAGAUGCCAUGGCUUGGAGAAAGAGUUGGAUUUCAAUAACCAGCUCCUGGUGGUUUCUAAAGAAAGAUACGAUAGUUUGGAAGCAGAGUUUCAGCUAUUGAAAGAAGAUAAAGAUCAUUUGCACCAAAUGGUCUCGGAGUCAUCUCGAAAACUUGCACUCGUAGCUGACCAGAAGGAAAACGUUUUGAGGGAUUUGAACACUGAAGUACAAAGAAGGAAAAAUCUAGAAGAAGAGAUUAAACAGUUCAGUGCUGCCUUUGCCUCUCGGCAGAGAUCACUAGUGUCUUUCCAGAAUGAUGUUAAGUCUAAAUGUGAGAAGUUGAGAGCUCAAUAUUUAGUCUCUGUACCCAAAUCUCUUGGGUGUUAAAAGUUCACUAGCACUUGCUUGUUUAAUGCACGGAACGGAAGCUAACAAUUUGAGUGCCGGUUGUUUAACUCUUAUGAACUUCAUGAUGCUUGUCAUUUAUUUAAAUGUAUUUAUUUGACCUAGUA